AUGGCAAGACAUUACCGAAACCUUACUAGGCUUGACUUGUUCCUUGCACUGGCAAAAGAAAAGAAUUUUCCGCUGCACUACACUACGUUAGAUUGUGCUAUGAGAUGUUAUGGUGCGGUUGUCGUAUGGCUACAUUUUGUCAUGUAUCUUAUAUUCAGGUAUAUAUAUCGCGAGGUGGAUUCUUUCCCUACCGCAGACGAUGACAAUUCUGAAUCUGAGAUUGGGCCGCUCACUCCGGCAAAAGGUUCUGGAAGCGAUACACCAGUGGCAUCAGCAACACCAAAGAGUGGAACAAAAAAGUCGAAAAAGAGCAGCAGGAAGAUGGGGAAAUCUAAGAAGUCGAAGAAAGCCAAGAAAGAUGCGCUGGUAGAGUCGAGUCCUGUCGACUCCCCAGAUGUUGAGAACACGCAGUCGUUUGAACAAAAAACUCCACUUUUAGUCCUAAAAGAGAUUGAAGAAGAACGUCAAGAGCUUAUGAAAAAGUUCCUUGCGGAAAGUACAAAUGGAUCUGCUCUGGACAAAUCGUUGACUGUUAAGGAUCUCCCCCUCUGGAUUCUUUUGACUGAUCGUGUCAAAGGCGAUGAAGCUGAAAACGAGAAGAGACUUCUUAUGGCAGAAUGGUUGCUCAGACGUGGCGGCAUGGAUUCACUGCCUAGAGGUCUUCCAAUCGUACCACAGUACAGGGAAGGGGUUCAACAUUCUAAAGGUGAACAAAUAGACAGGAUUGCACUGAUGGAGAAGUUCCUUGAUAAACUCGGCGCAGUAGAAAGCAGGUCAGCGGAAACUCCCGGAUCGGCAGAAAAAGGCUCUGCAGAACGUCUUGGAUCUGGAGAAAAAGGCUUUGAAGAUGGUUACAAAGAGGAAAAACCCACUCGGAGAGUUUUAGAAGCAAAACACGAAGGAAUAGGUGGCGUGGAAGAUAUGGAGAAGCCACUUGUAGAACCGGUGAACAAGUCUCUGUCAAAAGAAGAAAUUGUUCCCAACAUGAAUCGGGAUGUCGUCACGAAAGCUCCGGGCAGCUCGGAAUAUGGUGAUGGUUCUCGAGAGACAAUUGUUCGAAAAAAAUGA